AUGUCGGAAUCUCAAGAAGCUACCAACACACCCAUGCCUUCCUCUGCCGACGCUGUCUCUGUAAAGAUGCAAGAAGGAUUCCAAGAGGUUGCAGUCCGCGCUACAGUGGGCCUUGUGCUGGGUGGUAUGGCAGGAGUCGUCCUAUCACGAGGAGGAGGCUCGUCGAUGCGCAAAGUAUUGGCAGGAUUUGGCGCUGGUGCUGGAGGCGGAUCCGCCUGGACCAAGUGCUCCAUUUCCAUUGACGAGUUGGUAUCUUCUGCUACCAAGUAA